AUGAACAACCCCCGCCGAGACAAAGUGAAGGUCCCUACCAUCGAGCCUUUCGAUGGAACUACGGAUCCAGAAGAACACAUGGCCGCCUAUGCGGCUCAAAUGAACGUUCAGACUGGAUGCGGAGCUACUUGGUGCAGGUACUUUCCAACCACCUUGAAGGGUCUUGCCCUUAUAUGGUUCAACAAGCACGUACCAAAGGGAAGCAUCAAGAGCUACAGUGAGCUUGAAAAGGUUUUCAUCAGCCAAUUCGCGGCGGGUCGGAGGCACCAAAGGACAAGUGUCAACUUAAUGGCAGUCAGACAGGGAGAGACGGAGACCCUUCACAAUUAUAUUAAGAGAUUCAAUGAAGAAGUCCUAAAGAUACACAAUCUCAAGGACGAAACCAAGUUCGCAGCCCUAUUAGCAGGUCUUCAGCCAGAUGACUUCAAGUUUGAAUUGGUCAAGUCCGGGGUGUCCAACCUCGAGGAAGCAAUGGAGAAGGCCCAAAUGCACAUUCAAGCCACAGAUAUUUGUAAGAUCAAUUGGGGUGGUGAGAGUGGAACAAGGCAAAAACAAAAGCCAAGACCUAAUGGCAGCCACGACCAAACUCAGCCCUCCCUCAAAAAGUCGGUUAUGGUUGAUGACCAUGGUGAGGAUCCGAGGUACAACCGCAAUAGGCGGGAAAUUUACCUUGAUCUCAAAGGAAAAGACAUCCUCCCUAAGCCACCUGCAAUCCGUACGCCCGAAGCAAAGCGAGACAAGUCACUUUGGUGUGAGUUUCACCACGAGUGCGGGCACACCACAAAGAACUGUAGGGAGCUGAAAAAGGCACUGGAUCACUUGGUUGACAAGGGCAAGCUGAAUAAUUACUUAAGGAAGAAUCCCCCAAAAGCAAAAGCCAAAGAAAAGGAGUCUCUUAGUGAUGAUACGGGAGACUACAUUGGAGUGAUAGCCGGAGGCUUGGCAACAGGCGGGUCUGUGAGCAAGGCGAAGGAUAGCUUGUGGGCACUGGAACAUCAAGUCCUAAAAGUGGCAUCGGCUUCUCAAACAUCCCCGGUGAUGACAUUUGGUGGGAACACUAUUCAUCCAAUUCAAGAGUCCCAUGACGAUCCGCUGGUCAUCGAGAUGAAAGUCGCUAACUCAACGGUAGGGCGAGUGUUAGUGGAUAGUGGAUCAUCCGCCGACAUCAUUACUCUAAAGUGUCUAGAAGGGCUCAAGUAUUCCAAAGAUGAUCUGAAAACCAUCUCCCAGCCACUCAUUGGAUUUGGAGGUCAAGGCGUCCAUCCUCAAGGCACCAUCAAGCUACCUGUCAGGUUGGGUCCUAAAAACAAGGGAAGACGGUUGUUGGUAGACUUUCUUGUCGUGGACAUCUCCCUGCCAUACAACAUCAUCUUAGGCCGACCUCUACUAAGCAAAAUAAAAGCCGCAAUCUCGGUGUACCAACUUCUCAUGCAGUUUGAGUUGGAAGAUGGCUCCGUGGGAAAAAUCUUUGGGGAUCAACAAGUGGGCAGGUGA